CUUCGCGGCGAGCGUCGUCGUCAGUCUCGCAAUGGCGUUAGUGAGAAUAGGACGUGUGUUCGUUUAGCUUCACAACAACCCGAGCGGACACCGGCCCAAAAUAUUGGCCGUCUAUCAGUGCUUGAAUUACUUGGAGAUACUUCCUGUAAUUCCUCACACAAUAAAACGACUUGUUCGUGACCACGGACAGUCAAAUUUUGGUACGAUAUCCACUCAGGGCGAAUCAUUUCAAGAUCAUGUUCAUCUCAUCGUAGUUCCUUCGUCUUAAAAACAAGUGUUUGUGUGUGUUAGUGAACAUAAGUGUAUCGUGACAGUGUUAAGUGUUAAAAAUGGAACCAGGAUCACCAUCGUUGUUGUGGCCGCUGCGCCCGAGCAAGCCUGCCGUGACGGUGCCGGCGCCGGCGAGCGAGGACGACACCAAAGCCGAGGACAGGGCGCAGUCGCCUGUCCUAGCCGACAGGCUGACGGCGGCUCCCUCGCCUUCCAGCCCCCCCGCGCCAUCUAGCCCGGCGCCUCCCCAGCACCAGUUCCAAGCGGCAUUAGUCGCGGAAAAGUAUCUCCUACUAGAACAAGUUGAGGGCUCAUCGCUUUGUCGGUGUGUGGACGUGCGGACGCAAGAGGAGUAUGUCUGCAAAGUGGUGUCAAGAGACUGCAGCAGUUUACUCCAAGCCCACUAUCGGCUCGAUGGCCAUCCGCACGUCAACCCCAUACACGAAGUUCUAGUCGGCGAUAAGAGAGUAUACCUAAUCUUCCCUCGGUCGCACUCCGAUCUCCAUUCAUACGUGAGAGCGAGGAAACGGCUAAGAGAACACGAAGCUCGGAGAUUAUUCAGACAAAUGGCAGAAACAGUAGCCGCGUGUCACGAACAAGGCAUUGUUCUGCGGGAUCUUAAGCUGAGAAAAUUCGUCUUCGCCGAUCCACAAAGAACGACGUUAAAACUAGAGUCGUUAGAAGAUGCAGUUGUACUCGAUGAUCCUGAGGAAGAUUUACUUCAGGAUAAGCGAGGAUGUCCCGCCUACGUGUCGCCUGAAAUCCUCCGCGCGCACCGGACAUACUCCGGCCGAGCUGCGGACAUGUGGUCACUCGGCGUCAUACUUUACACCAUGCUCGUUGGAAGGUAUCCAUUCAACGACUCUGAGCACGCGUCGCUGUUCGCGAAGAUAUCGCGGGGCUACUUCGUGGUGCCGGAGUGCUUGUCGUCGCGGGGCAAGUGCCUGAUCCGGUCGCUGCUGCGGCGCGAGGCGUGCGAGCGGCUGAGCGCGCGCGACGUGCUGCGGCACCCGUGGCUGGCGCGCGACCCGCGCAACGAGCUGCCGCCGCGCGCCGCCGCCUCGCACGACCGCCUCGUGCCCGACGUCGACAUGGACGACCUGCCCGCGCUGUAGCUCCCCCCCCCGGUGCAGGCUCACCGGGAGCCGCUCAGCCGCCGCCGACGCCGCGCUGGACGCCACGCUAUUCCUUAUUUAUGAAUUAACCUUAAGUUAUUCCGGCCCGAUUGAGGCUUGCGGUUGCCUUCACUGAAAUAGUCCUAGCUGUUCGUCUGAAUAUCCAACUUUCAGUAAGAAGUACCCCAAGCCAAAUAUGUCUCCGAGGAGAUUUAAUUUAGUGAUUAGGAUCCAUCGGGAUCAUGCGGCCGGGCGGCUGGUCCGUCCCGGGCUCGCCGACUAAUUUAUAAACGUAGAAGCUGGGAGCUAACAGCAAUAAGAAUCGCAUAACGUAACCGAUGCAAAACAAACUCACAGUUACAAUGCUAGUUGAGGUUUAUGCGGCUUUUAUUGGCGCUACUCGGUUCAGGCUUUUACGAGCUGUGGUAUAGUCGUAACGUUCAUAAUGACAGAAUAAGUGAGACUGAUAUCGCGUUCUUGUGAUCUAAGUGCGCAGGGGACGCUCCGGACGCGCCGCGCGACGCCACGUCCGAACCCGUCCAUCGUCAGGAAUGAGUUAUUUAUAUAAAGCAUUCUGUUAACUACUACGUUAAUUCCUCAUAAGCCUAAUGUAAUCAUAUCAAUUUCACAUCAAUAUAGAUGGGUAUAUUGCAUUGAAGUUGUUGCUGUAGUGUUAGGUAAAUGACCUAUGUAUAUUUUGUAUUUAUAUAAAGUUAUAUCGUGUAAUUGUGAUCUCCACCGAUGUUAUUUAGCGAUUACUUGAUUGCCAUUAUGUUGUAAAGCAGAAGUGAUAAGUCUUUUGUUGCACAACGAUCAGUUGCUUCCAUCAUAGUUAUUUUGGAUUAUAUUAUUUUUGGUUAUAUUAAAUCGUGAUUAUUCGGCUAAUCAAAAUACGAAAUUAUUAUUUUGUUAUUAUAUUCAACUGAAAUUAUGUUUGAUAAAUAAAUAUAUACCCACCACCAUGUACCGAAAAUGGUCGUAGAACUUGGUCUGUGCCAUUUAUUUAAUUUAAACGUUAUUUAUUGUUGUUGUAACUGACGAUGUUAUGUCGGCACUCUCUUCCUAUUACUAAAUUAUUAUUUCCAUUUGGUACUUGGUGUUGAGUUUUUAUUUUGAUCGAAAGUUUUAGAUCAAAAAGUUUUUAUUGUAUUUAAUUUGUUUUGAAUCAAUCAGUAGUGUUACCAUGUCUAAAUUCGUUGAGUUGUUCAAUCAAUCAUUCUUUUAAGUUCUCAAUCAUUUUUUUUUUAUUUUGUUCAUUUGGGAUUAAUGUGAACGUACAGUUGAAGUAGUCAAGUCUUUCAUAUUUUAAAUGAAAGCGUGUUGUACAAUAGUAGUCUACUAUGUAAAAUAAACUAUUACUACUUUAAUUUAUACAAACUGUAAAUAGAGCUAAGAUAUCAUAAGAAUUAUCAAAAAAAGGAAAGAGAUAGAGGGAAUAAAAUAAUUUAGAAAAAA